AUGAAGCUUGAGACUUUUUGGUUGAUUAUUAUUUUAAAAGCUGGUUUGGUCGAGUGCGGCCUGAAAAGCCAUGCAGAACUAAUACGCCAAGCAAUAAAGAUAGAUAACAAGAUUAAGGAUAUUGUCCGUAAAGUCACAGGAUUUGCAAAAGGAAACUUAGAAUUUAAGGAAAGUUACGAGAACUUGAGGAUUCCUUUAAUGGAGAAUUAUACAAGCCUGAAUAGUAAAUUAGUGCAUGUUCGAGAAUUCGAAGCUUACAACAACGAAAGACUUCAGUUAGAGCAAAGUAUUAUCUUGGCGAUUAAUAAAUUAAAGGUCUCAUCGUCUGAAAACUGCGAAAAGUUGAAUAAGAAUGUUCGGAAGGAACUAGUUUCGAAGCUGACCGAUACAAAUACAAAAAAGCGUGAGGCCUUAAAAAAUUUGGAAAAUAGAACUUGCCAAAAUGACGGCACUUCUAAAUCAAGCACCACCAGUCUUAUCUCAACAACUGAGAAAAGCCAGAUUUCUCCGACUAAGAUUUAUAUUUCAAGCAAAGAUCCGACUAACAUCGAUGACUAUGAAAUUUUACAAGAAAAAGGUAUUUAUUAUUUAAAUAAGUACCAUGAAGUCCAAUUGGAUAACAAAGAAUUUACGUUGAUGAAGGAAAAACUUAAAUUUUUCCGAAAACUUAAAAAGGAUAAUAUUGAUAAACUAGCCAAAGCGAUAUCCGAUUUUGAGCAAUACGAUAAGCGGCGACUAAUAUUAGAAGAUGAAAUCAAUGAUCGCAUACAUAAGAUUGAUGAACUUAUUCCUUAUCAAGAGCCAAGGAGUCAGUGCUUACGGUUCUUUUUAUCGCAGAAGAGAAGUUUACAACGAGCGCUUAAGCUUUUUAAUGAUACAAAAUCUAAAAGGCUAAUGAAUAUCUCAGAAAGUUGUCCGUUUACUGACUUUGAGGAAGAAAAUGAUGAUGAUGAAUUCUCUAGUGACCAGUUAAUUUACAAAUAA